CGUGGAUGCGUAUCCCAUUCUGGCCGGUAGAGAACUUGUUCGGACGCGCUGGCCGCUUCGCCUCUUGCACAUUUCGAUCAGGCAUGCCCAAUAGCCUGAGCGAAACCACUCUGCUGUCACGCAGCCCCCCUUCUGGGGUCAUGACCCCGGUCAAUCCGUCGGAGUUUCCAGAUGCACAGUUUGGAGAUCUCGAGAAGGGGCUGUCAGACAAAACCGAGAUUGAUCUUCCUAAGCAAGAUGACCACGGUUGGCGACGAAUCGUCCGUGGAUUCACUCCUUCUAUGUUCUCCAUAACCAUGGGCACGGGUGUCGUGGCGAUUCUGCUGCAUCAAAUGCCGUACAACAGCAGCUGGACGGAUUACCCUUGCUACAUUAUUUUCGGACUCAACGUCCUAAUAUUCAUUAGCGCUUUGUUGGUGUCUAUUUUGCGGUAUACUCUUUGGCCUGAGUUAUGGCCAGCGAUGAUACACCAUCCGACUCAUUCUCUGUUUUUGGGCUGUUUCCCAAUGGGCCUCGGGACUAUUGUCAACCUGAUUGUGUUGGUCUGCGUUCCAGCGUGGGGUCCUUGGGCCGCGACAAUGGCAUGGGCAUUGUGGUGGAUCGAUGCUGCUCUUGCGGUGACCAUUUGCUGUUCAGUCGCCUUCCUGAUGUACGUUGCUACUCAUGGCUUCCAGAUUGCAAAGUGCUGCCAAACUGACGUUUUAUUUCCUAGGAUAUCGGUCCAUGAUGUGACUCCUGAGAAGCUGACUGCUGCAUGCUUGUUGCCUGCCGUCAGCUGUAUCGUUGCCGCAUCGACUGGCGGCCAAGUUGCGCAGAUGGAGGCACUCGAAGCCCAUGAAGCACUCUGGACGUUACUUACCUGUUAUUGCUGCUGGGCAAUCGGGUUCUUUGUCGGGUUGAUGGUUCUAUGCAUUUACUUUUACAGGUUGUUGUUGUUCAAGCUUCCUUCGCAGGAAGUUGUUGUUAGCGUGUUUUUGUCUUUGGGACCUCUCGGACAGGGAAGCUUUGGAAUCUUGCAAUGCGGGAAGGCUGCAAGGAUGAUUUUUCCAAAGCUCACUCUACUACCAUCGGAGGCUGGUACCAUACUUUACGUUAUGGGCGUUAUCAUGGGUCUUGUUAUUUGGGCCAUGGCUAUUCCUUGGAUGUGUUUCGCAGUAGGAUCCGUCCUGCGUCUGAGAUUGAGGUUCCCCUUCAACAUUGGCUGGUGGGCCUUUUUGUAUCCAGUCGGUAGGUCCAACCAUGUUUGCAACUAUACGCGCAAUCGGCCUGCUGACUUGAUGUUUCUUANNGGUGGUGUUGCUUCAGCAACCAUCACAUUGAGUGCCGAGCUGGACUCUGCAUUCUUUGGUGUGAUUGCAGAGGUUCUCACCGCUAUCAUCGUCCUCGUCUGGAUCAUCUGCUUCGCGAGAACCGUUAGAGGAGCCUUUUCAGGCGAGCUCUUCCCGAAGCCAGGUGUUUGUGAACUUCGUCCAGAUUCAGGAGCU